AUGGCAGAGUCAUUCUUUGAAUUUCUAGAAAACAAUAAAAACCAGGAGUAUGUUACCUCUUCACCUGAAAGAACGUUUCAGGAUUUCGAAGAGGAGUGGAUUGAGGUAGGGCACAACUUUUCUCUAAUUUUUGAUUCAGGAAAUUCUCUGAAGGACCCCCACAAAUCCCCUUCAUCAAAAAAGAGGAAGAUUGAAGACGCUGAGGAUUCCAUGAUUUUGAAUAGAAAGAAAUUCGCAAAGAAAACUGUAAAAGCGGGGAUGUUCACCCAAGAGAUGGAACAAGAAGAACCUUUGUUAAAAAAGUUCAGACAGGAAAACCCUUCAAAAUAUGUCAAACUGGAGAAGAAAAUGAGUACUAGAGAUUUGCUGGAUACUUCAUUCACCCAGAAACGCCAGAAACGCGCAUCUACAACGAUGUUCCAAGAGACAUGGACACCAACUCAACCCCAGCCAGCGUACAGCCCGAUGUCUCCACCGGACGUCCCUCUGUCAACUCAACCCCCGCCAGCGUACAGUCCAGUGUCUCCACCAGACGUCCCUCUGUCAACCCGAUCCCCGCCAGCGUACAGUCCAGUGUCUCCACCGGACGUCCCUCUGUCAACUCAAUCCCCGCCAGCGUACAGUCCAGUGUCUCCACCGGACGUCCCUCUGUCAACCCAAUUCCUGCCAGCGUACAGUCCAGUGUCUCCACCGGACGUCCCUCUGUCAACCCAAUCCCCGCCAGCGUGUAGUCCAGUGUCUCCACCAGACGUCCCUCUGUCAACUCAACCCCUGUCAGCGUACAGCCCAAUGUCUCCAACGAUCGUCCCUCUGUCAACCCAAACUCAAACCUCGGGAUUUACGCCGAUUGAAGCACCGGGGUUCUGGAAUAAACCCAUCCAGUUUCCUCUUAAAGAGGAACUGGAUGCCCUUAAUGAACUUGUGGACAAUGUCCGAAUGGACCUUCUACAGACAUCUAUGUUGGUGAAUUAUAUUCAGGAAUUCAUGAAAAAAUUUCAAUAUUGACAUUAAAACAUGUGCACCAGGUGUUUGAAUAUAGAACCCACCUAGGUUUUGAAUGCCUUAACGAACUUGAGGACAAUAUCCGAAUGGACCUGUUACAAACCUCUAUUUUGGUGAAUUAUAUUCAGGACUUCAUGAAAAUUUUCAAUAUCAACAUUGAAACACUAGGUGUUUGAAUAGAACCCAACUAUUUUUUUUUUAAUGCUCUGGUAUUUAUACACUGGAUGAAAAUUUAGACAAACAGUACCCAAAUGGAUAUUUUACAAACCUCAGUGUUAGUGAAUUACAAAUAGGACCUUCAUAA